AUGAGUGUUCCUACAGCCAGUCCCGCAACUUCCAAUGCAAGCACAACUCAUUUUCAAGACUUAGUGAAGAGUGUGGAGGAUGUCGUGGUUGAGCCCUCGAGACAGCCGCGGUUUUUGGGACAGAGCAGUGGCAUUACACUGGCCAGACUGGUUAUGGCAGCAAUCCACGUCGAUGAUCUACCCUCCCUGGCCUCCAAGAAUCAGACUCAGUCAUACAACCCAUGCUACUCUCCUCCAGCCGCCGAGGCUUCUCUUCCCCCGCGCCAUGCUGCCGAUCACCUGGUCGAAGUCUACUUCCAGUAUCGCACAUGCCAUCUGCCCAUCGUUGGGCGGCCUCAAGCUGAGAAAGCCAUUGAGAACGCGUACCGCUUCUUGAACGGUCACGAGGCCCCGGAUCGAGAAUCUGAAAGGGAUAUUUUCACCAUCUACAUGAUCCUUGCCAUCGCCCUGUGCGAUGUUACCAACUCAUCUGGGGGUCGGCCAUCCCAAAGCGAGGGUUGCUUCCGAUCGGCCAUCGGCUGGAUCGAAAGGGUCAUCACCUACGCAGAUUCUGAUCUCGAUACUGUCCGUUCUGUACUCCUCUUGGCUCAGUUUGUCGCUCUGUGCCCUUCAUGGGGGAGCUUAUGGCAUUUGACGGGCACCGCUCUACGCUUAUGUAUUGAUAUUGGCCUGCACUGGGAAACGGAAGAGCAAACACUACACAUGAAUCCAGAGGUACUGCACGAUCGCCGGUGCUUAUGGUACUCUACAUACCAGCUUGACCGUGUCUUGUGCCUCACGCUCGGUCGUCCCUUUGGAAUUAUCGACGAAAGUACGCGCGUCCAGUUUCCAAACCCAUGGACAGUGCCGUGUCGGCCCUGUGACCGGGGGCCGAAUGAAUACGACAUUCACCAUCAACGAGCACAUAACCACCUGUUCAGUAUGUCCAAGAUGGUGUCGGAAAUCAGGCACGUGUUGCAUAGCCACCAGUGGCCUCGGAAGCUAGCCUACCCGAGGGUGAACUAUUCCGCAUGGAUCCAGGAAAUCCGACCUCGCCUCCAAGAGUGGUAUUCAACCAUUCCCCAGCUUGACAAAGCUUCCCCGGCUUCCAUAUUCGCUUGCCAGGCCUACUGGGAUGCGAUUUAUCACAACACAGUCCUGUUUCUCUAUCGACCUAAUUCCAUUGUCCUCCAUACGUCGGUUGAAGAAUUAGUUUCUUUUGACGCGUCUUGCAAGCUGAUCGCAAGCAUUAAGAUUCUACAGCGGGAGGGUAAAAUUGAUAUUUUGUGGGAAUGGGUCCAUCAUCUCUUCAUGUCUGGCCUGACCGUCAUAUAUGACCUCUGGCGCUCGAAAGAGAUCAGAGACAGUAAUCCGGUUCGAAACAGCAUUUCUUCACUUCAAUCUUGCGCUUCCACACUUUCUGCUCUUUCCGAGAGCUUCCCCGGGGCUGCGGGCUGUCGGGAUGCCUUUGAAACCCUCUCCUCAGUCACAAUCGAUCGACUGCUCACUGAGAAUGCCGAGGAAGUACGCGAAACACAUCUCGAAUUCGACAAACAAGUGAAGAAUCUACUGCACAAUUUGCAACCGUCCGGGGCAGGUAUGGUGGCAGCAAAUGACGGUACUAACCACAUGACAAACAUGCUGUCCACCGAUAACUUCGCCUUGGGUGAAAUGCUCAGCUUUGCGGCGCAAUGGCCUGAUUUUCAUGACGUGGGUUUUGAGGACGAGGACAUGCGGCCCCUCUGA